CCUCCGGAAAAGAGAAACCCUAUGGUUCUCGUGCGGUGAUGGCGGCUAAAGGAGGAGGGAACAUCGGCUCCACCUCCAUCGAUGGCGUGAACCUCUUCUCCCUCUCGGGCCAGCGCUUCGUGUCCACUUGGCUUCCUCCCAAGAAGCUUAGAGCCCUUCGCAAAGACAAAGGCAAAGGCUUUGGGGAUCCUUUUGCAUAUGAUGAAUACAGGGAGAAACAGAAGAAAGAGAAGAAAGAGAAGAUGGAGGCUAAGCAAGCCUCACAUAUUACGAUACAGAAAAGGUUGCCUAAAGUAAACAGGCUCCUUACAGCUCGCUUGCAUAUUGCAGAAGAAAGUGAAAUGGAGAAUAUGGAUGACACAGUUGCAAAAAAGAAAUCAAAUAAAAACAGAGUAUUAACUAGUGAGAUCCAUAGAGAUGCACAUUUUGCAGCAAUGUUCAAGAAUAAGGACUUUUGAAGUGGACGAACUGCCACAGGAGUUUCUUUCACUUCAUCCCCAAUCUUCUAAGAAGCAACCCUCCCUGAUUGAGGAACAGUUUGAGCCUGUAAAGGAGGAUUGUGAAGAGCAGGGGACCAGUGAUUCUGAUGCGCUUCAAUAGCUUCACAGGAAUCCGAAGAUGAGCUUGACACGGAUGAGAAUAUAGUUAAGAAGUAGAAGGGCAUGAGGUGAACCCCUGGGAUUCUUUAUGGUUAUAACGUCGUUUUUACUUAUAUGACAUAAUGGUAUUGGGUACUUCAAUGUGCGCCAUUCUUUGACAGUUUUGUGGCACAAUUGAAUAUUUAAACAAAGUUGGAACUGUUAUAGUCUUAGUUUCAUCACUAAACUAUGCCAUUUUCUUUUCUCACAAUUUACAAACAAAUCAAGAACAUGAUCAAACUGCACUUACAUUCCAUUGAUUAGUAAGAUGAGUUAGGUAUCAUACUUAAGCAUCAUUAAAGUUGCUAUUUGGUUUUUGGCUAAUACAUCUAUUUGGGUGAUCGGUGCUUGAGUCACUGAAACAUCCUUUUUUCUUGCAAUAAUGUUUUCCAAAACCUGCAUGGGUGCAGCCUUGUUCACAGAGCUGUUCUAUGUUUUUAUAUGAAGUAAUCAGGCAGCAUAUAUUGAAUUAAUCGAUAACCUAGCUAUGUGCUCCUUUUUUUCCUUGUACCCACCUAAGCUAUUUCGUGCAAUUCUUUUUUUCUUUACACUUGGAGAGAAUUCUUACUGUAUCCAUAUAUAAAAUUUAGAUUUUUUUUUUUUUGCAUGGGACAGUCACUAAAUUAUAACAAGAGAUUUUUUGUUAAAACCAUCUAAAGUGAUCUCUUCUUUCUGAUGAGAGGGCCAUUGUACAGUACUGUUCUCUUUCCGAGGUCAAUGUAGGAUGGUUCAAAUCAGUGAUAAUUAACAUAGUGCUGGUUGGACAUAUUGUCUGCAUAUGGAUGCUUGCAUUUAAGUGCACUGUGCUGCCCAUGUACCUUUCCACUCAUAACAUGCAGAUACUGUCCACCGGUGCAGUAUGAUAUGCAGGAGUAUUUUAGCUAUUUACACAUGUUUGUAGUUGAGUCAGUUUUAGCUGGGGCCAGGUUAGAGUCUGAUCACCUGCUGGUAGAGAUUACAAGGGACCUAAAUUGCAAUAAGAGAAUUUUCUUUUGCAUUAUCUAUGAAACUAUGUUAAGGGAUAGUUUAAAAUGUCUAACCUUGUGAAAGGAUUUUUGACAUUGUACCUACAUAAAGUUCCAACACUAUUUCCUGCUGAGACGGCAGUUUAGAGGUCCACUGAGACAAUAGUUUGCACAAAAUAUGGAAGAUACCAAAUAUGUUUUAUCUAGAUUCUAACGUAAUGAUUUCUUUUUAGGUUAUGCGAGGUGAAGGAUGAAUGCCAAGCCGAAGCAUUUUUAAGGAGCCUCUCUCUGGCCAAGGAGGAUGCCCUUCCUCUUGGAGAGAGGGUUGUUGCUCGUGAGAAAAACUAGCAGUUGGUACUCUGAAUGGUGUGAAAUUUGGACCUGGUGGUUCACGGCAAAUCUCUUUCGUCUCCAAAAGCUCAAAGAGACAGAAAGU